AUGUCCUUCACACCCGCCAUGCGCCACUUUAUGCACGCAAAGGAAUACGCGGUCGUCGGCAAAAUCCUCACUGACACGGAGAGGUUUGACUACAAGGUUCUCAAGUGGUACCAGACUCGCAACUUUCCGGUCACGCCUAUCAAAGCCACCGCUACGGAAAGCGAGCAGAUUGAAGGUCUGACCGCCAUUUCCGACCCGCACAAGCUCUCGGACCUCUCCAACACCUCUAUCUCGAUCAUCAUCCACCCCGCCAAAGGUCUGCCCCUCCUUAAGUCCCUCUACCCCGCCGGCAAGCCGGUCGAGCAAGGUCCGUGGGGCAUCUGGUUCCAGCCCGGCGCGGCCGACGGUGCUAUCGAGAAGUACGUCCAGGAGAAUGGGCUGGAGGGGCGAGUGGUUCUGGGUGGACCGUGUAUUCUCGUCAGUGGAGAUGGGGUGAGGGCCGAGGAGGGCGUGGAUGGGAAGAGCAAGAGCGCGCUUUGA